CCGAAGGAGCACCUCUUCGCGGCGCGGUCAAAACGGCCGAAGAGACGGGCAGCAGAGCGCAAGUAAUGCGUGCGCGCAUGCACCGCGUGCUGAGUUAAAAUAAGUGGGUGAAUAUGUGCCGGCGCGCAAGCCCACAGCCGGCCGCUGUAAAUCGACGACGUGCUAUCGUGUGAAUUAUGGCGAUUCGGUGACAUUUUGAUUGCAAACAGUGACUGUUAUACCAUGGAAGGGCUGCUGCAUCACUCGUACAGUUCGACGUUGAACUUUCUGAAAGGACGCGGACAAGAUAAUGCCAAGCAUAAGAAAAUACCCAAGUCCGAGCCGAAAGCCACCAAUAUGCUGACAAGAUGGUUGCGUGACCUGCGCGGCAGCACCAUACUGCGUUCGAAUUCUAACCUCGAAGAUCAAUCGCCAACCCUCAGCACGAAACAAAAAACUAUUCAAGUGUCCAGAUCGCAGUCGACUUUAGUGGCGCACAAACCAACAAGGAAGAAGAACAACGACAAUCGUCGAUAUUCCUUCAAUGAUCACGCAUUGCAAAAUCAGAAAAGAACUAGAGUGCAGUGUAAUGGGUACGAAUCGAAACGCAGGACACGCAAAGAUAUUUACGCGGAUAGCAUAAUGAUGCCAUCGCGUUCGACGCCGAAUCUGCAGCAGGAGACGCAGUCAGGCACUAAGCUGUACAGGAGUUCGUCAAGGGAUGCAGAGUCGCCACCUCCAGCACCUCCUGUUCGUGACUCUUCCACACUGAAAUCAGUGAAGUAUGGACCGGGACAUGAAAAAUUUCCAUCGUGGCCGGUGCCAGCAGCAGCUGAGACUCCACAUGCAUUGCGUGGACCGCCAAGUGGAGGCUCCCAUCGGUCGAAAUCCUGGACGGAUCACACUAACUACCCUAAGGAACAGGUUGUCACGUACACUAGACCGUACAUGAAGCGGCAACACUCGCAAACACAACAGAAACUCAAGACAGUGAUGGAACGCUGCGAAAAAAUAAACGGCGACUCGUAUGAGCGACGUCUUUACCUGCCACACGUCGAUCGCGACGGUAAACAGCUGGGGGAUGCAGAUUACGUUGUCCCCUCACCUCCGGAACGUGACACGUGCAAACCGCAGCUGACCCAAGCGGAUCUUGAACAGUACGCGCAUUUGUAUCAGCAGGAAACGUCGGAAAACAAUAAAUAUCCGGCUGGGCAGACGGAGCUCGAAAGUUUUAUCAAAUACUCGCUGUAUCCGCAUUCGAACGGGGUGCGUGGUGAAGAUGGUAUCUUAAUGCAUCUACAAGCUCAUCAGAAACAAUUAUCCUACGCUCAGAGUGAAGGAUAUCAUAGUUAUGUGAGCAGUGCUGAUUCUACGUCGACGCCAUUCUUGGAUCGACUGCGGAGAGACAGUGACGCUGUUCCCGGAAGAUGGUCGGACGAUGAUAAUAGACGUGAAGGCCGCGACAGUGUGGUGACGACCAGUUCGGGAAGUGCCUCGUCGAGUGAAACUCUCAAGUGGCAUGGAUCGAUGAGUGAUGUGUCGAUUGCUAGCAGUUGCACUCACUUGGCAUCCAACAAGCAGUUGAUUGCACAUAGUGCUCGAGUGCAAACGCCGCAGCGGCAUCAUUCCGAAAGUGUGCUCUUCAUGUCGAGCGGAACCAAUGAUGCAAGUCCCGAAGGGUGGAAGCACAAAGAAUCGAGAAAGAACAACGCCAACAAGUUGAAGCUGUUCCCUGUUAAUACUUACACAGUGAAAGAUGAUUUGCCAUCUAAUCGAUUGUCCGAUUCGUUAACGGUCGCUGAUCGCAUCAACGAACUGGAAAAGCAACAAAAGUACUCAUACUUGGAUCCGGAUAAAAAGCACAAGAUUCCGGAUCCGACACUCAAAGCCAUACAGAAAAAGGCCUUGCUCUCGUUCUACGAGCGGCAUCAGUCGAACAAAACCAACUGGCGGUCGGAACCACAACUCACGCCGGCCACGCCGCUUGCGGCCAAUGCGACUCAAAGUGUGAAUCCGCAGCCGCAACCGCAGCGUCACCAAACUCAGUUACCCUCGCGGCGUGCUUCUUCCGCUUCCGAUUAUUCGUCGAAUAACGUUUCGAAGCGAAGCAGUAUGGCGCCGAAACAUCAACACAGCAACUCCUACGGCAGUUUGACGACGGAUUUGUUGGGCCCAAUCAUUAUGGGACCCUCCAUUUCUUUGGAUGAUUGGGUGCCGGAACGGCCUCCCAAGAAUCCGCACUUGCGCACUGCGUACCCCGAUCUGUUUCGGGAACAGCGCGUGCCCAGCCCUGACUUGCCACCUCCUCCUCCACCAACCGAAUUGGACGAGGAAGUGUUCGCCAAUGACGAUCCACUACCACCACCGCCGACCGAAUUAGAAGCAGAGGCUUGGAAUGAUCAAGAACGGUUACAGGCAGGGAACGCACUGAAUGGGGGUGGAAAUAGUAUUCGGGAAAAUACGAGUAGUCAUCAAUAUAGUGCGCAACAAGUGCCUGCUCCACAGGUGGCUGUGUCAUCGGCAAACUAUGUAAACGAAGAUGAUAUGAAGAAACAUAUUGUGGGAUUGCCGGAGAGCGGAAAAAAAUCCGCCAGAGAACAACUGGGCAUUACUGUCACUCGAAGUCCAAGCAAAAGAGUGGUUGGUUCUGUAGCGGUGAAUCAAAAGGUGGGCAGUAGUAAACCCAUGAGAGCUGAACCACUCUUUGACAAGAAACCAGUAGUUAAACUACAACAACGCGCUUCUUUCGCGGAGAGUUCCUCGAAGGACUGUCCGCCUCCAUUGCAACCAAGGCAAAUGCGAGUUAAUCAAAGCAUGAGGGCCAAAAUGUCAGACCACAGACCCAAGGCUGUGGCCUUGCGGAUAUCGCCAUCAACGGAGAGUCAAAAGCAACAUAUGAUGAAGCCUACAUCGCCUGGUUCUCCUAAUUAUCAAAAAAGUCAGUCCAAAGCAUCUUAUUUGGCGUCCCGAAGAGAACGCGAAAGAAUCGUACCGGAUUCGGAUACAGGAAGUUACAAACGCACCAUUUCCCCCAAUGGCCACGCGAUUGCCAACGAUUAUCAGCAAACACAAUGCCCGAAGGAGACCAUCCUCAAGAAGAACAACAACAAUGUCAACAUCAUUCGACGCGCUUCGAUGAACGACAAAUCGAUGAAGAUCGAAGAAAAGGAGAAGCAUCCGAUCAUUCUACCCGACGUGCUUCCGGUGAAUGUGAAGAUGAUGGCUCCGUGUUAUCUGUCACUGCCGCCCGCUAGCAUCGACGGUGUGAAUGGCAUUAACGGUUUUAAUACCACGAACGGCAACAAGAAAUCGCCGAAAGCAAGUCCGCCGAGUUCUCCAAGCAAAAGUCCGUACAAUUCUUUAAGGUGUACAUUGAUAUCAACACCACCAUUUGUACAAACACCUCCCACACCACCAGCGAGUCCACGAAUUGUUACUCGUCCUGUGUUGACUGCCGAAAGAACUAGGACUACUUUACGCACGCCAUCAACUUGUUCACCUGCCUCGCCACGUUCGCCAAUUUCACCAGUGUCUAGAGGUUCACCGGCUGCAAGUCGUUCGCCUACAACCGGAAGCCCUCCUGCGCUUCCAAGUUUACUAUUUUCUGUUUCCUCACCUGUUAAAACAUCACCACCUACCACUCCAACUUCACCUGUGCCUACCACUAUAUCAGUAGCACCUCGCAUUCCAGAAAGUCCAAAAGAAAUAAAACCAACGGAAACUGAUACAAAGCCGGCUGAGAAGGUGGAGGCUGAACCACCACCUGUUGCAACCCUGGUGCCACAUCAAAGGAAAAAGUUGCAGGAAGAAAUUGACUGCGAACGACUUUCCGAAGACUUUGUGAAUCAAUUGCCUACGUCUGCUAAACUCAAGGAUAUCUUGGUUCAAGGUCCUGAUUAUAAGAAACCUACUGAUUAUGUGAAUGGGCUAUUCAAGCUUGAGAUUACCUCGCGGCCUAGGCCAGCCAAUUCGCCGUUUAGCAGAAGCCGGACAAAUACACCAAGCAGCAGUCCGCCACCAUCGAGCACGAUUCACAAUGCGAAUUCAACGUCAACCAUUAGUGAAUCGCCUUCGGCAUUGUUGCGUCUGGAACCGGUUAGUCCGUUGUCAGCUACGUCGCCUUAUUUCACCACCUCCGAGCCAAAAGCACGUCUUCUCACCAGAUACAGUCAAGACAUGAACCACCUAAAUAUUGUAAAGGAUACCAAAGAUCUCAGUCAGAAGAAGGAUGAAUUAAUUAGUCGCCUAGAUAGAAAAUUGGAAGUGCUCCGGAGUGAGCAACUCGACUUAACAGAAGAGUGCCGCAUCAAUGAGGAACUGGGACAAAAUGUCGAAGAUCAUGUGCAACGUUUAGCACGGCCACACGAAGCUUCGAAAUUUCGGCUGCACGUUGAGGAAGUGGGCAAAAUUACUAGUCUACUGCUGAGUCUGUCUGGAAGAUUGGCUCGCGCCGAAAAUGCAUUGAUGUCAACGUACGAAGAUUAUGCUGAACGGCGAAUUUUGGAAACAAAACGGAACAAAUUACUGGAUCAACUAGAAGAGGCUAAGAAACUAAAAGAAUGCAUCGACAAGCGUAGUUUGAGUGUAUCAACGAUACUUAACAAGUACCUUAGUUCCGAAGAGUACGCCGACUACGACCACUUUAUCAAUAUGAAGGCGAAACUUUUGAUGGACUCCAAGGAGAUAGCUGACAAGAUCAAACUAGGCGAGGAGCAGCUCACGGCGCUGAAGGAGACGCUUAUCAUCGGCUCGUAGGUCGACAAUGCUUUCAAUCAUUUUUAUUGCUUAACGUGCCUAGUCCAGUAACGAUUCCUUCGCUUUGUAUUGUCUUGGAGAACUGCGCGUGUGCUUCGCUGAUGAGUGGCAACGAAAUGCAAUUUGAUGUGAACCUCGCAAAUGCCACCUCUGAUAUUUUGCCAAUAAUCUGGUAAUAAUUCCUACUCGACCAUCUCUUACCAUUUAACCCGAAAUGGCUAAGACGAUGGCCAACAAUCCAGAUUACAACCUCCCACACGCGUGGGUCUUACAUGCGACACUUAAUGCGCAUUUUUACUUAUUUAUUUUAUAGGCUGUUAUAUAUGUUUAGAAUGUGCGCAGGUUUUACUUCUUUGCGUAGUUAAGGAUCGUAUUAUUUACACUCAUAAAUAUACAUCUUCCUAUCGAGUAUUUAAUAAUGCAGCUAAAUCACAGAAACAUGUGUUUUCUUUUUAUAUUGCGCCACGAAUGUGUAUAGGUUUACGAAUAGAAUGGUGCUCUGGCAACUGAAAUUAUGAUGCAUUAUGUACGAAUAAGGUGUUACUUAACAAUUGUGAUCGACUAUAUAUAAAUAUAUAAAUAUAAUAUUAGUUUUACAAUUACACAUAAUAAUGUACGAUUUACAUGCACACUGCAGUUUGUUGUAAGAGAAUACGUUUGUAACUUCCAGUAUAUAAGAAAGCUUUGUGCCUAGCUGCUUGCAAUAAAAUUCAUCCAAUUUUAUAAA